GGUGCUACCCGUACCACUGGUUGAAAAGCCUUGCUCUAUUCCACCAGGUUACUUACUGCCUCCUAUCUCCCAUUGCAUAAAACCAUGGCUUUCUGUGUUGGAAAGGGAGCCCUCCCUGCACAAUCUCCAUGAUCGGAGAUGGGUGGAGAUGCCUCUUCCUAAGAUUGGGAGUCUAUCCUGCAGUCUUCUGGGAGCCUUGCAUGUCAAAACGCCAGAGAAAUAAUGGAGUGUGGGCCAAGGGAAGAUGGGGUAGAUCUCACCCUGCCUGUUCCAGCCCCAGCAGUUUGGGAUGUUCUUUGGAAAGGACAUUUGAGCUUUUGCAUGAGUUCCCGGAUUCCUUGUUGCCUCUGGAUCUGCACUGAAAAGAAAGAGGCACCCUUGGUACUUCGGGAUUGAAAUCCCACCAGGGCUUCUUCACUGAAAUUUCUGAAUAGGAGGUAGUUUGUGGAAAACCCCCAACAGCUAAAUGCACAAGAUUUUUCUGUAGCUUUCCAAAGACUUGACCUGCUUUCCCUUAGAACUGUUGACCUGCUUCCCCCUAGAACUGUUGGUUCUAGGGCAGGUUCCUUCACCACUCUGGGAACAUCUGAGCCUUGGCAAAAACACCUUGGUUUGCCUCCCAAGAGAGAAUCUCUGAAACUUGACUGAGGGACGGAGCUGGGACCAGGGGAGGCUCCUGGCAUUCUGCAACGCUAUUGCUCAAAUGGCCAUGCCAACCGCCCUCCGCCUCCCAGAAGGAUGCCCCUGCAGAGUGGUCCCAACCCAGGAAAUUGCUUCCCCAACACACACUGUGCGAGAGCCAGCAGGAGAAUACGUCCAGCAGACCUUGGUUUGCUCUUCGGUGAAGAACAUUUGUCAUGCGAGUACAAAUACGUGUUUCACUGAAGUUUUAACAAAACUGUGUUUUGCUUUUCUAUGAAAUCAAAAACAAGAUGGCUGAAAGGAAUUAAAACAAUCAGUAUAGACCAAAUAUUGUGGAAACGCUUUGAAAACUUGCCAACUGUUGCUCGCCAACAAGAUGGAAAGGUGGAGAAUGUAAAUCUCUCUAUUUGGCUUUCUGCUCCACUCAUGUCCAGCACUGCUGGCUUUGUCGUUCUUUCAGGUUGGUGGGUAAAAGUGGUAGAGAGCAGCAGGAUUCACAGGGCUUCCUUUCAGGCCCUGGGAAUGCUGAGCCGGCUGUCAGCAGGUCUGGGGCCCAGGAAGAAGCCUGUGCAAACCCCUUCAUUUUGUUGCACUUUAGGCUGGGUGAUUUACAGUGACUCAGAAACAAAACGAUGCGCUUCCAGUGCUCAAAAUUUGUUUGUUCCUUGGGCCUUUUGUUUGGCAGGAAUUUAAACACCCUGCACAGCCUCUUGUGCCAGCUGGGCUGUGCCAGGCUCAGGCCUGGCAGUGAAUCUGCCAGGUCGUUGCUUGUAUUUCCUAGCAUUGCAUCUUGAACAAAGACAGUUCUUUGUGUUCCAGAAAGGAGGUGGGGCACUUCCAGAUGAGGCUUUCAUUGUGUCAUUACCCUGCCUGAAAUACAGUGUUUAAAUUGGGGUGGGGAAGGCCAGAUAUGGCUCCUUUCCACUUGCUUGAUUUUAUUUCUGGGAAAACCUGGUUAAGGUGGAAAUGGCUGGGAGCAGCAGCUUUUUCAGCAGACAGAGAGAAGGUGAAGACCCCCUCUCUUCAACUGCCUGUGGGGUUUCUCUUGUGGGGCCAGCAAAAGUGCCACUCCUUGCUGUGCUUCUCUCUUGGGCAAAGAAAUUCGAAGCUGUGACCGAGUCUCCGCUUUGGCCUGUGCCAGUGGAGAGGUGGAUUGUUCGGGUGUUAGGCCUACUUCCGACAGGGUGUUGCCCUCCAGUACCUCGGGCGCCAUGCCGAUGCUUUGGCAGCAUUUGCCUCCGGCUUGGCCCAAGAUCCCAAGAGCCUGCAGCUCCUGGUGGGCAUGGUGGAAGCUGCCAUGAAGUCUCCCAUGAGAGAGUCCCUCGAGCCAACGUACCAGCAGCUGCAGAGGAUGAAGCUGGACAAGAGCCCCUUCGUGGUGGUCUCCGUGAUUGGACAGGAGCUGCUGACAGCUGGCCAUCAUGGUGCCUCUGUUGUGGUUCUGGAAGCGGCCUUGAAAAUUGGCACCUGCAGCUUGAAACUGAGGGGCUCCGUCUUCUCUGCCCUAAGCAGUGCCUACUGGUCUCUGGGCAAUGCCGAGAAGAGCUCGGGCUACAUGCAGCAGGACUUGGAUGUGGCCAAGACCUUAGGUGACCAGAUGGGUGAAUGCCGAGCUCAUGGCAAUCUGGGCUCUGCUUUCUUCUCCAAGGGAAAUUACCGGGAGGCCUUGACUAACCACAGACAUCAGCUGGUGCUUGCCAUGAAGCUCAAGGACAGAGAGGCCGCCACCUCUGCCCUCAGCAGCCUUGGCCAUGUCUACACUGCCAUUGGGGACUACCCCAACGCCUUGGCCAGUCACAAGCAGUGUGUCCUUCUCACCAAGCAAGGCAAAGAGGAGCUCUCUGAAGCUCGGGAACUGGGCAACAUGGGGGCCGUCUACAUCGCCAUGGGUGACUUUGAGAAUGCUGUGCAGUGCCACGAGCAGCACCUGAGGAUUGCCAAGGCUCUCAGCAACAAGCGGGAGGAGGCCCGGGCCUACAGCAACCUGGGCAGUGCCUACCACUAUCACCGCAACUUUGACAAGGCCAUGUCUUAUCACAACCAUGUCCUGGAGCUCGCCCAGGAGCUGGAGGAGAAGCCUAUUGAGAUGCGAGCAUAUGCCGGGCUCGGUCACGCUGCCCGCUGCAUGCAGGAUCUGGAGCGGGCCAAACAGUAUCACGAGGAGCAGCUGCGCAUUGCCGAGAGCCUGCAGGAUCGAGCUGCAGAGGGCCGUGCCUCUUCCAAUCUAGGGAUCAUCCACCAGAUGAAGGGGGACUACGAGAUGGCGCUGAAGCUGCACAAGGGGCACCUCUCCAUUGCACAGGAGCUGAAUGACUAUGCAGCCCAGGGGAGGGCCUAUGGCAACAUGGGCAAUGCCUACAAUGCCCUGGGCCUGUUUGACCAGGCUGUCAAGUAUCACCGUCAGGAGCUGCAGAUUUCCAUGGAGGUGAACGAUCGGGCUUCCCAGGCUUCCACUCAUGGCAACCUGGCCGUAGCCUACCAAGCUCUGGGGGCCCACGACCGGGCGCUCCAGCACUACCAGAACCACCUGAACAUUGCCCGGGAGCUGCGGGAUGUCCAGAGUGAGGCCCGGGCUCUUGGCAACCUGGGGAACUUCCACUGCUCUCGAGGAGAGUUUGCCCAGGCAGCCCCGUACUACGAGCAAUACCUGCAACUCUCCCCAGAGCUGCAGGACAUGGAGAGUGAAGGCAAAAUCUGCCACAACCUAGGCUACGCCCAGUAUUGCCUGGGCAACUACCAGGAGGCUGUGAAGUACUACGAGCAAGACCUGGCCCUGGCCAAGGACCUUCACGACAAACUCAGCCAGGCCAAGGCCUACUGCAACCUGGGCCUGGCCUUCAAGGCCCUGGACCAGUUCUCUAAGGCCGAGGAGUGCCAGAAGUACCUGCUGUCCCUUGCCCAGUCCCUCAGUAACCCCCAGGCCAAGUUCCGAGCUCUGGGCAACCUGGGGGACAUUGCUGUCUGCAAGAGAGACGUGAGCAGUGCCAUCAGGCUCUAUGAGCAGCAGCUGAGCCUCGCCCAUCAAGCCGCAGACAGAAAGCUGGAGGCGAGCGCCUACGCGGCCCUGGGCUCAGCCUACCGUCUGCUGCAGAAGUACGACAAGGCGCUGGGCUACCAUACGCAGGAACUGGAGGUACAUCAAGAGCUGGGCGAGAUGCUGGGAGAAUGCCAGGCACACGGGCACUUGGCGGCGGUCUACAUGGCCUUGGGCAAGUACACCAUGGCCUUCAAAGGUUACCAGGAGCAGUUGGAGGUGGGCCAGAAGCUGAAGGACCCUGGCAUCGAAGCCCAGGUCUAUGGCAAUAUGGGCAUCACCAAAAUGAACAUGAACGCUACAGAAGAGGCCAUUGGCUUCUUCGAGCAGCAGCUGGCCACCCUGCAGCAGCUGAGCGGGAGUGAGGCGGUGCUGGACAGAGGCCGGGCCUUUGGCAAUUUGGGCGACUGCUACGAUGCCCUGGGUGACUACGAAGAGGCCAUCAAGUAUUACGAUCAGUAUCUCUCCGUGGCCCAGAGCCUCAGCCGCAUGCAGGACCAAGCGAAGGCCUAUCGGGGCCUAGGCAGUGGGCACAGGGCAAUGGGCAACCUGCAGCAGGCCCUGGUUUGCUUCGAGAAAAGGCUUGUGGUGGCCCAUGAGCUUGGAGAAGCCUUUGAUAAGGCCCAGGCGUACGGAGAACUGGGCACUCUGCACGGCCAGCUGGGCAACUUCGAACAGGCUAUCUCCUGCCUGGAGCGCCAGUUGGGCAUUGCUCGGGACAUGAAGGACCAGGCCUUGGAGGGCAACGCAGCGUGCGGCUUGGGCAGCGUCUACCAGCAGAUGGCAGAAUACGACACGGCCCUUCAGUACCACCAGAUGGACCUCCAGAUUGCAGAGGAAACGAACAAUCCGGCUUGCCAAGGCCGGGCCUACGGCAACCUGGGCCUGACCUACGAGUCGCUGGGCACUUACGAGAGAGCCAUGGUCUACCAGGAGCAGCACCUCAGCAUCGCAGCCCAGAUGAACGACCUGGCAGCCAAAACUGCCUCCUACAGCAGCCUGGGCAGGACGCACCACGCUUUGCAGAACUACUCCCAGGCGGUGAUGUACCUACAGGAAGGGCUGAGGCUGGCUGAGCAGCUGGGGCGCAGGGAGGAUGAAGCCAGGAUCCGACACGGCUUGGGCCUUUCGCUUUGGGCGAGUGGAAACUUGGAAGAGGCUCAGCAUCAGCUCUACCGGGCUUCAGCCCUCUUUGAGACCAUCCGACAUGAAGCGCGGCUGAGCAUCGACUAUAAGCUCUCACUGUUUGACCUGCAGACCUCUUCCUAUCAGGCCCUGCAACGGGUGCUGGUUACGUUGGGCCAUCAUGAUGAGGCGUUGGCAGUGGCCGAAAGAGGUCGGACAAGGGCCUUUGCUGACCUGCUGGUGGAGCGUCAGACUGGGCAGCAGGAUUCUGACCCUUACUCCCCUGUGACGGUGGAUCAGGUCCUGGAGACAGUGAAUGGCCAGCGAGGACUGGUCCUCUACUUCUCGCUGGCAGCGGGAUACCUGUACAGCUGGCUCUUGGCUCCUGGGACAGGGAUCCUGAAGUUCCAUGAAUGCUACCUGGGUGAGGGCCCAGUUGGGCACUCGGGGGACUUGCAAGACAGGAGCUCAGGCCUGCAUACACUUGCCAGCUCAGCACUAGAGCAGCUCGGCUCCAGUAUACGAGAAGCCCUGGGAGUGGGCCCCCAUUUUGUGAGCAGUGAGACAGAGAGCGAAGCAGGAGACGUGAUGGACCAGCCACCAGAGGAGAUGAGUGGCAAGCUGAACUCUUCCAAUGAUCCCACUGGCUUCCUGAGGAUGGUGAGCAGGAACAACCUCUUCAACAGGAGCUGCCAGAGCACCGGCACCCUUUUUGCUGGCCCUCCAUCCUCCAUAGCAAAGGAGGAGGGCCUCGCCUCUUCCCUACCUCGAUGGCCUGACUCUUCCAGCAACUCGCCCCUCCGGCUCCUCUAUGACAUGCUGAGUGGACCGCUGGAAGGGGGUCUGAUGCACUCCAGUGGCCCAGUGGGGCGUCACCGGCAGCUGGUCCUUGUCCUGGAGGGAGAGCUGUACCUCAUCCCAUUCGCUCUUCUCAAGGGCAGCUCGUCCAACGAGUAUCUAUAUGAACGCUUUAGCCUUAUUGCCGUGCCCUCCAUCCAAGCCCUGAGUGCCAGUGCCAAGGGCCAGGCCAAGAAGAACACCUCAGCCUACAGCAGCUCCUCUUCCAUGGCUGCUGUCAUUGGCAACCCAAAGCUGCCGCCCUCUGUGAUGGACCGCUGGCUGUGGGGGCCCAUGCCCUCUGCGGAAGAAGAGGCCUAUACAGUGUCAGAACUGCUUGGCUGCCAGGCACUGGUGGGUAGUGCAGCUACCAAGGACACAGUGAUGAGUGCCCUGGCACAGGCUGAAUGUGUGCAUUUCGCUACGCACAUCUCUUGGAAGCUGGCCGCCCUGAUUCUGACGCCUAGUGCUGAGAGCAUAACCUCUGGUUGCAAGGGGUCCUUUGGAAACUCUUACACAAUCCCAGAGUCUUUGCGCAUGCAGGAUGACGCGAGUGAUGUGGAGAGCAUCUCAGACUGUCCUCCGCUGCAGGAGUUUUUGCUCACAGCAGCUGAUGUGCUGGAACUUCGCUUGCCAGUCAAGCUGGUGGUCCUGGGUUCCUACCAAGAAUCCAACAGCAAGGUCACAGCAGAUGGGCUGAUUGGGCUGACACGGGCCUUCCUAGCUGCUGGUGCCCUCUGUGUCCUCGUCUCCUUAUGGCCAGUCCCAGUGGCAGCAUCCAAGAUAUUUGUGCACACUUUCUACUCUGCCCUGCUGAAUGGGCUGAAGGCCAGCGCUGCCCUCGGGGAGGCGAUGAAGAGGCUGCAGAGUAGCACACUGUUUUCCCACCCAUCCAACUGGGCAGGCUUUGUGCUGAUCGGCAGCGACGUGAAACUCAACAGUCCUUCUUCCCUGGUUGGGCAAGCCUUGACUGGCAUCCUCCAGUACCCAGAACGAGCACGAGAUGCUUUGCGGGUCCUGCUGCAUCUGGUGGAGAAGUCCUUGCAGCGCAUCCACAGUGGGCAGCACAACUCCAUGUACACCUCUCAGCAGAGCGUCGAGAAUAAAGUUGGUGGCAUCCCUGGAUGGCAGGCCCUGUUGACAGCAGUGGGCUUCCGGCUGGAUCCUCCAGCCAGUGGGCUUCCAGCCGCUGUCUUCUUCCCCACAGCGGACCCCGGGGAUCGACUGCAGCAGUGCAGCAGCACCAUCCAGUCUUUGCUUGGUUUACCAAAUGCUGCCCUGCAGGCCCUCUGCAAGCUGAUCACCGCCUCUGAAACAGGAGAGCACCUGAUUAGCCAGGCUGUUAAAAAUAUGGUGGGAAUGCUCCAUCAGGUUCUAGUGCAGCUCCAGGUUGGAGAGAAGGAGCAAGAUUUCGCACUGGCCCCGAUUCAGGUCUCCAUCAGUGUUCAACUUUGGCGGUUGCCUGGCUGCCAUGAGUUCCUGGCAGCUCUUGGAUUUGAUCUGUGCGAAGUAGGGCAGGAGGAAGUGAUUCUGAAGACGGGCAAGCAGGCCAGCCGCCGCACAAUGCAUUUUGCACUCCAAACUCUGCUGGCUCUUUUUGAUUCCACAGAACUUCCCAAACGUCUGAGCUUGGACAGCUCUUCCUCACUUGAAUCACUGGCCUCGGCCCAAUCCAUCUCCAAUCCCGGGCCGCUCCUUGGCCACAAUCCCCCCUUCUCUCCUACGGGCCCUGAUAGCCUGGCCUCUGACGCCAUCUCCGUCUACAGCCUGAGCUCCAUUGCUUCUUCCAUUAGCUUCGUCUCCAAGCCUGAGGGCAUGUCUGAGGUAGGCGGCUCCAGGGGGCACCAAGAUUCCGAGAGGCCUAAGGCCCUUUAUCCCCAAAGGGUCUCCUUGCCCCAGAGUCAUUUCUCGGCACAGGCCAGAGCUGGUUCCAGCAAAGAUGAAGAGGAGUACGAGGGGUUCUCCAUAGUCAGCAAUGAGCCUCUGGCAGGAUUCCAGGAGAGCAAAGGGAUGUUUUCCACAGACCACAGCCUUCCUCAGAUUGGAGAGGUCAGGAGCUCUGUUAACUUCAAGCGUAGCCUCAGUUCCCCAAACUCACCAGGUAAAAUGGCGCUCAUUCCCAGCCCAAACUCCCCUUUCCAGAAGGUUGGGAAACGAGUGGGUUCAGAUGUAGCUGAAUCAGACCAUUCCAGUAGCGAAACAGAUAGCACUAUCAAAUCCUCCCAAGAGGAAGGGAAUGGCUCAGAGCUGGAUCCUCAGGAGCUGGCCCAGAAGAUCCUGCAGGAAACGCAGAGUCACCUCCUUGCCGUGGAGCACCUCCAGUGUGGCGGCAGCCAUCGCUGUCCCCACCAACUUGGCCGAAGCAGCAGCCUGGAUGAUGGGACUGCCUCGCCCUCCAGGGUCACCACUUUCCGGUCAUCAGAGACCAGUGCCUUUAGCAGGCCACUGUGCUCCAGCAUCAAAAGUCGGCCUUCUCCUAACCGUGUGAGGCCUGAGCUCCUCCUUAAGAAUUCCUCCCUGCGAACAUCCAGCUCUGGACACAACAGUCCUUCUCCCUCUGAGACGUCCACCAAGGAAAGGGCCAGGCAGCCCUCCCCCAGCCUGGACACUUGUGGACCUGUGGCAGAUCAGCCAGUCUUCAGGUUGAAGUAUCCCAGCUCUCCCUACAGUGCCCAUAUAUCCAGGUCGCCGCAAAACAUCUCCCCGAGCUCAGGGCAUCGAUCCCCAGCAGAUAGCACUCCCUCCCCAGCCCUUUCCUACUCCUCUGCCAGUUCGGCCGGUUCCAGCCCCGCCAACCCGCCUGCCCUAGACAAGCUCAAGAUGGCGGCCAUCGAUGGAAAAGUGCAGGCCAUUCACAAUCUGAAGAUGUUCUGGCAAAAUGUCCCCCCGCAAUCUUCUGGCCCCAUGAGGAGCCCCCACGGCUCUUCUGGGAAGGCCUCCAAGCGUGAUGUGCUGAGCCUGUUGAAUCUGUCUCCCCGGCGUAGCAAAGAGGAAGCCUCCGACAAACUGGAGCUGAAGGACUUGUCUGCUCCUUGUGCUCUUUUGCAGAACUCUCCCAACGGGCGUAGACCUCCAGCUGACUCCAGCAGCACUCUGGAGUCCAGCUACCCCAUACGGCUACCUUCUGGCAAUGGCUACAAGUUUUUGUCACCAGGAAGGUUCUUCCCUUCAUCAAAGUGCUGAAUCUCAAGAGGCUCACUUGUUUGUUUACCUGGGUGGAGUUUCUGGGCCUUUUUUUUUUCCUGUUCAGUGGCUUGAAAGAUGCAGUACAAUAGGAAGCAGUUGGGGAACUGGAGCCCAGCAAGAUGGAUUUGAGCAGAGGCUGGGCCUAUGGAUCUUGCUUAGUGACAGACAGCCCUUUGCGGUCUUCUCAGUCGCCACUCAGUGGUGCUGGGCGGGGAAGGAGCAGCAAUUCUACUAGGUAGCAUACACAAUUUUUUGUGUUGAAAUACAAGCCAUUUUCUCAGUGCUUCCAGGAAGGGUUGGGAGUUUGAGAAGGCUUCACACGGACAGCCGGUUGAGAAGCAAAGUAAGGUCGCGGAGAAGGACACGGCUGCUUCUAUUCCCAGGAUCAACCUAGAGGCUCUCCUGGCCGGGCCAGGUAGACCUCCAAGUGUGGCAGCACCGGAACCCGCGGCAGGUUCCGCAAGGUGCCCAUCUCCAAGUGACUGGGAACCCGCUACAGGCCCGGGUUGACAGCCCGAAGAGGAAAGCUACUGCCCCGGAGGCGCCUCUCCUUCUCCCAGACUCCCCUGCGCUGUCUGCCACAAGCCCCUCGGUCUCUUCCCGUUUAAAAUGCGUGUCCUGGGAAGGGGAAGGGCGGAGAGUGGGCAUCCUUCGGCCCCACGGCUGGACCUUCCCUUCGUUUGCAUGCAGCCGGGCACCGAUCGCGCCUGGGGCGGUGGGCGCAGCGGCCCCUCCCCAGCAUAAAACACCCCCCCCCAAACGCUUGGUUUGGGGAGGCGCCUUCUUUCUGGGCUGGAGGCGCACUUCGCAGGCGCGACGGGAGCCUGUGGUUGCCCGUCCCGAGGACGGAGAGGAAAAGAGCGCCGCGGCCUGAAGCUGCCACGUCUGCUGCCGGAGCCGCGCCAGGAGCCCAGGGCCGGUGCCUGUGGGCCCCUCCGACCCCUAUGCAAAGCCGCAGCUCCGGGCGGCCAGAGGCGGGAGCCUCCGAAAUGGUGCUUCGAAGGCGGCCCGCUCCGCUUCCUUCCCCCCCCCCGUACAUCCUCACAGGAAGGGAGGGGACACCGCCCUUCGGCCGUGUUUAGGCGGACCGGCAUUUUUUUGUAGCCGCGCCUCCGUUUCCGGGCGGCGUUACGCGUUUUGUAUUCCGAGUCCGCCCCUAUUUUUAUGGCAAUUACUGAGGCCUUUGGCCGCCCUUUGUGAUUUCCGUGUCUAUUAAAGCAUGAGCUCUCCA